GCGCAUGCGCAGUAGCGCCACGCUGGGCGGAGCGCGACCAGCGCCCCUGGCGGCGGCUCAGUGAGUGUCUGCGUGCAGGAGAGGAAGGUCCUUCUAGCGGCGCCGAGGCAUGAGGCACGAGGCACUGAGCGGCUCCUGAGCGCCAUGAGCUUCUUCAACUCGCUGCAGCAGUACGUGUCCUCGGGGGUGGCCAGCCUCAGCCUCGCGCCCAAGAGGUUCUCCCUGGGCCGGGAGGCGGCGGCCCCGGAGGCGGCGGCGGCGGCGGCGGCGGCGGGGGCGGCGGCCCGCAGCUCCUCCGCCGGCCACGUGCCGCCCCACUCGGGCUUCCCCAAGGUGGUGCCGCCCCCGGGCACCGUGACGCCGCCGCACGGCCGCCACCUGUCCGCCCGCCGCCUCACCGUGGACGGCCCGCCGCCGGCGCGCGCCGGCUCCUUCAGGAAGCCGCCCCCGGGAGGCGGCCGCCAGCCGCUCAUGUUCUGCCGCCGCCUGUCGUGGCCCGAGGUGGACCAGCAGGCCACCUCAGGGGUGCACGAGACGGACGGCUCCUUCUUCGAGAGCUUCUCGGCGCUGUCCUGGAAGCAGGAGAACCGGCGCCUGAUGCUGGGCCAGGAGCUGGAGCGGCGACCGGACGGCGUCCCCAGCGACCAGUCGCUCGGCAUCCGCCCCGUCGAGUACCGCAUCCACAAGAAGGAGCUGGAGCAGUUGUACGUGGAGGUGCUGUACACCAUCAGCAACAAGGUGGGCGCCAGCACCGGCCAGUACGCCCACUACAAGGAGGACCUGUACCUGUACGCGCAAGAGGCGUUCGGCAUAUCGUCGGAGAUGCACCGCAAGUUCAUGGCCAUCGCCAGCGAGGAGAAGCCGCCCAUCGUGGUGCUCAACGUCGUGGUGCUGGAGGCCGAGGGACUGGAGGCCAAGGACGCCAACGGGUUCAGCGACCCCUACUGCAUGCUGGGCAUCCAGCCGGGCAGCUCGGCGCCCCCCUCCCCGCUGGUGACGUCCCGGGACACGCCCCUGUCGCCCCGCGUGCCGGCCGCCUGCAGGACCCUGUCUGACGGCGGAGCGGACCAGGACCCCAAGCAGGAGCACCACGAGAAGCUGCGCAAGCACCACAGCUUCCGGCUGAGCUUCAAGCGCAAGGAGCACGGCGCGGGCGGCCGGGAGCGCAGGGAGCACAGAGACAGUCUCACCGCCGCCGUGCCCGCCAAGUUCAUCCGCGCCACGUCCGUGCGCCCGCAGACACUCAACCCGCGCUGGAACGAGAAGUUCCGCUUUGACAUAGAUGAUGUUGCCAGCGACAUCCUUCAUUUAGACAUAUGGGACCACGACGACGAGUCCUCGGUGUUCGACGCCGUGAGCAAGCUGAACGAGGUGCGCGGCGUGAAGGGGCUGGGCCGCUUCUUCAAGCAGAUCGCCCAGAGCGCGCGCACGGGCAGCCAGGACGACUUCCUGGGCUGCGUGAACAUCCCGCUGCAGGACAUCCCCUCCACGGGGCUGGACAGCUGGUACAAGCUGGAGGCUCGCACGCAGCGCUCCAACAUCCAGGGGCGCAUCCGCCUCAAGCUGUGGCUGUCCACCAGGGAGGACCGGGGCAACUCCGAGGAGGACAACUGGUCGGAGGUGCGGCAGCAGCAGCGCCUGCACGCCAUCUUCGUGGACUACGAGCUGGCCAAGCUGUCGGUGAGUUGGAGCGGCGAGCUGCCGCACGUGGCGCUCACCAUCCUGCACCAGCACGCCAUCCAGGGCGACGUGACGGAGCUGCAGCUGGCGGCCGUGCGCUGGGUCGUGUUCUCCAGGAAGGCGCUGGAGCACUGCCUGGACUCGCGCCUGCUGCUGCGCCUGCUGCAGGAGCUGGACCAGCGCUGGAGCGCCGACGCCACGUCCAAGGAGGAGGAGGAGUGCUUGGCGGAGUCGUUCAACGUGUUCGUGGAGUACUCGCUGCACCUGGUGCGCAAGCACCGCCAGCUGUUCCUGCCGCAGGUGCAGGAGUCCAUGUGCCGGCUGGAGCACAUCCUCAGGUGCCUGGGCCUGCUCGCCAACAUGAAGGCGUUCUGGAAGUGCUGCCCCUUCAACAAGGAGAUCCGAGGGGAGAUCGUGGUGGCCAUCAAGAAAGGGACCCUAGAAUGGUACGAGGAGACCCAGGCCUCGCAGCAGCCGGCGCGCAGCGAGGCGGACGUGGUGCAGGCACUGAUACACAGCAUCACGCUGCUGCUCGUGGACCUGCAGCGCGGCUACGAGAACUACCACUCGCUGUUCGAGACGACAAACGAUGUACCUUACUUCAAUGUUGUUUACAAGCAGUUGGAGAAAUUGGUGCACUCUCAGUUCGCGCCGCACGUCUCGGCGCUCUGCCUCAGCAUGCAAGUGUCCCAGGCGGACCAAUCACGCGCCGACGAAGCGGCCCAGCUCCAAGGUUCCCAAAUAUCUACUUCCAUUUUUGAGCUCUACAUUGCUAUUCAGGAAUUUGUUGCCUUCCAGCAAUACCUGUCGCCCAACGAGCAGAAAGGACUGUCGAUUAACGGCUUCUACCAGUGGUUCGAACCCGCGGUCGAGAAGUGGCUGGACGUGGCCAAGCUGAAGGCCAUGCACAGGAUACGCAAGGCCGUGGAGCUGAACCGGACGUGCACGGGCGACCUCAUCGUGAAGCACAGCACGUCCGCCAUGGACGCCACCUCGUGCUUCUUCCAGGUGAAGGAGUUCUGGCGUCAGCUGGCUUGGCCAGACCUGGUCGGGUCGUACAACUUGGUCAUCAAGAUAAUCGAAAUCAUCUGCCUGUCGGCGGUGUACUACUCUGACCUGAUCCACUGCCAGCUGGAGCAGAGCGGCUACUACGAGGAGACGGCCUCCUUCCACAUCAGCGACGAGAUGUGCGUGACGGUGAACGACCUGGAGUACGUGCGGCGCACGCUGGCCGUGCUGGGCGCGGAGCUGCACGUGGAGGCCGUGCUGGAGGCGGUGGAGGGCUGUGUGGACGGAGACAACCCCCGGCAGUGGCGCCAGGCCCUGUACGGCCUGCUGGAGGACGCCACCGCGCAGCUGGAGGCCCGCAUCGUGCAGGUCAUCAGCCGCGUCAUCGCCAAGAUGAGGCCGGCGCUGAAGAAGGCCAUGUUCCACCUGGCGUGGUCGCCCGAGUCGCUGCCGGCGCCCGAGGCCAUCGGCGCGCUGCUGGACUACCUGGACGGCCACCUGGUGGCGCUCAACGCCGCGCUGCUGCCGCGCAACUUCCAGCGCCUGCUGGCGGGCGUGUGGGAGGCCGUGCUGCUGGAGCUGGGCCAGCAGAUGGACGGCAGCGCCGGGGACAAAUUUGCUACGUUCUACGAGAGACUGUAUGAAGCUCUGACUAUACUAGUGGAGUUCUUCCACGCUGAACAGAAAGGACUAUCGCUUGAGUCGUUAAAAUCAGCGACGUACCGGAGCGUGGAGCAGCGGCUGCAGUACCACAAGUCCGACACGGAGCGCCUGGUCACGCUCUACUACCAGCAGCGCCUGCAGGACCAGGCCGUGGCAGACACGCCAGAGUACGGCGUGCUGUCCGUGCGGGCCUACUUCAACCACGACUCGCUGUGCGUCGAGGUGCUCAACGCGCGCGACGUCAUCCCCCUCGACCCCAACGGCUUCAGCGACCCCUUCGUCAUCAUCGAGCUGCUCCCCAGGAACGUGUUCACGCACUGCACGGAGCAGCAGACCAACGUCCAGAAGAAGACGCUCAACCCGAUGUUUGACGAGUGCUUCGAGUUCUCCGUGACGCUGGAGCAGUGCCGCGCCGAGGGAGCCAUGAUCCUCUUCACGGUCAUGGACCACGACGUGCUCACGUCCAACGACUUCGCGGGCGAGGCCUUCCUGGCGCUGGGCAGCAUCCCGGGGGUCGCCGACAACAACUCCAGCAUCGACAACUUCCACGGCCUCAAGGCAAUCGACCUGGUCCUCAUGCACCAGAAGAACAAGAACCACCCGAUCCUGCAGACCCUGGAGACGAGGGUGGGCGACAAGGUGGCCCAGGACUUCGUCAAGAAGCAGAAGCUGCGGAUCGCGACGUAGUAAGAGGCGGGCCGCCCCGAUCGACAGGCAACCAGAGGCCGGCGGGCAGCACUUGCGUCGUCCGGAUCGCUCGCAGCACAAGAAACAAGAGGCGGUACCUGCGGCUCAGCGUCUCAACACUUGUACCUUUCUCUCUCUUCCUGUGUGGUUGUCAGCAAGAGCUUGCCCGGUUUCCUCCUCUUCGCCUAGAAGCAUGGCCUUACCGGUCGCAUCCGUGUGUCGACGUGUGAGUAUCAUCCCCUUGUGCGCACACGGCCAUCCAGGAGCGUUCGUUCCUCUCGCGCUCUGUCCUGGCCGUGCUCCGACUUCACCUGAAGGCAACAAACGCGGGUUCGAGGCAGGGGUUGGCAGGAAUGGGGUGCUAGUCUGUCCUGAAAUUAACUUAUAUGCACUGCAUUAUUGGAACUUAAAUGUUAAUAUGUUCACACAAGUUUUUCAUGUUACAAGUAAAAGAAAAUCAUACGUAAUCCUUUGCAGCAAACUGUGCAAGCACCUUCCUAAACAUUGUUACAAAGUAUCACUUUUGUUUCUGAACUCCCAAACUUGUGCAGUUUUUACGACCGAAAUUUGUGACGGUUCCCACCUUUCUUACCACCCCCCCCCCCCUCCCCCCCACCUCACCCCAAACAAGUGUCCCGUGAAUCCGUGGCUUGUUGCAGUGUUUAUGUUUUAGUCUCACAAAAUGGCGCGAUGACCCCAGAAGCUGUUCCGGUUGCCGCAACAACUCUCAGUAGUUGUGAGGAUGGCAUACUCGGAGCACAGAUAGGCCUACUGUAAAUACUGUACUGUGUGUUGCGAAGCAACUGGCUUAACUCCUUGUGCUGUUGCCGUUACCGAGUGCACGUGUUUGUGUUAGGUGUCCUCUCUGUGCUGUACUUUUAUGAAAAGAAAUCAAAUUUGUACCUUACACCUGCUGUGUGUUUGUAGCUUCUACAUUACCACUUUCAAUAUUUUUAUACUUAAAAAAAAAAUUUGAUACUACACUUACAUUUUUCAAUGAUACUUAAAGGUAAAAUCUGUCAUGACUGCUUUUUUUCACAAACAUUUUGUUUAUUUUGAAUUUUCUAUGCACAAAUAAAUUGAUUUUGAACAAGUGUGCUUGCAAAUGAUCGAGUUGUUGCUCUAACGAAGUAUUGGCCUUCAAAGAAUAUGUAAGUGUCUGUUGUUUAUAAUCCUGAAAAUAUGUGGCAUAGUUGUUCUGGUACCACCUUGUGGCAGCAUUUCAUGGAACGUACAAAUGUAAAUGAGAGAUAGCAAGAGGUGAAAUUAAAUUACAUAAUACCAUUUCAUUUCUGGCGUGCCUUUGGUUUCUGUUUAUUUUAACAACAUUAGAGAGAAUACUUAAAUAUAUCACUUGCCUAUCAUUUCAAACUCAGCUUUUGUAUUUGAAUGUUGAAAGAGAUCACUUGCUAAAGGUCUGGCAGGGUGCAUAUUAUUUUCCGGCAGCGAAGAGGUCUUCAGUACCCUUCUCUCCACAUUUCCUUUAGGUAACCUGAAAAUUACUAAUUAAAGAUUUACAAUCAACCAGAGGAGCAGAAAACAGAAAUACAAGGGUUUAACAUCAUCCUUACCCCAUAGCUUAAAUUUGCCAAGAAAGAUUUGUGUUGCUUUCAAACAAUACUUUCACGCAGUGGUUCGCAUCUUAACUUUGUUUAUAAUAGCCGUUCGUGUCGCAGGGCUCUUCCUGAUUGGGUAGUCGUGCUGCGACCAUUAGUGGCUUGGCGUCAGACUUUCAGUAAUCCACGAUUGAAUAGCUUAAGCAAUUGGAUAAAAUGUAAUUAUUUAUUAUAGUCAGGCCUGCCAUUUGCCAUGAAAAACAAAUCUGUCAGUUUUUUGCACAUCUGCAGUGCCAUUUCUUUCUUUCUUUUUUUUUUAUACAAAAUAAUAUGGCUAUAUUUGCAGCUCAGUAUAGCUUAUUGUGUUAUCAUUUUCUGGUCAUGAGUAACUGUAAACUACACAAACUAAAAAUAAUCAAUGCUUAAAGUUCCCUCUUUUUUUAAGUUAUAUGUAAAUUAUUUUACUAAAUUAAAUAGGUAAUUAAUUUAUAUUAAUAAUAUAUUAAAAUUGAAUACUGAAUCUUAUAUAAACAGUAUUUAUUUAAAUUUUUAAUUUGAUUGAAUUUAUACUUUACCAACCUUAUUUAUAAUAUCACUUCAGCAGUAUUAUUAUUUUAUUUCUAUUAAUUAUUUGCUUGCAAAAUUAAAGUUAGUUUUAAUAUUAUGCCAAGUAAGUAUAACUUAUAACGUGCUUACAUAACUACACACACACCCCUUUUUUUUAAAUCUGGCUUUGAUGUAUGAUUUUUAUUAAUAAUAGUACAUUAUUUUAUCUUUGACAAGGUCGGGGGAUUCGGUAGUAUUUACAACGUACUUUUAGUGGGCGCCACCGUGUCUAGGGGGCACGGACCCGGCGAUAAGACUCUGUCUCAGGCGUGACGUAGCCCGUGUGGCGGCGUGACUCGUUUCCCCCUUUCGCAAUUACCCUAACCACGCAGUGGGAUCUCAGGGCACCCCACACGCCGACAAACAACACUCGAAGCACGCAAACACAAUGGCUCUAUGAAAACGCCUCGCGGCACGACAGGCACAGCUGUGGUCCAACCACCUCGAUAGACGCACAAAGGCGAAGUCCUCGGAGAGCCGGAACGGAGCGUCUUUCUUCAGGUAGCGACGGGAAGCGACUGCGCGAGCAAUGGCCGCAGAGGUAGCGGGGCGUUGAGGGCGGGGGGGGGGGGGGGGGGGGGUGUUUGGCGCCAAGCGCCCUGAACAGUUACCCUGUCUCCCGUCGUGCCGCGGACGUGGUUAGUGAUUGAAAUGCAUAAAAAUUACAAUAAAUUUUAAUAUAAAAACAUAUGGCACUUGGGGAACAAAACAAAAGAUUUGCACAGUAUUAUUAUAUCUUGGGGAGCGAAGCACUGAUUCUACAGCGCCCUCUUGCGGCGGCGCGCUAUUUAAAACACGUCAGCCGGGAGGAUUAACAGGAGGGGAGGGAGGUGGUGGCACAUCGGGCACAGAUGGGCGUAGCCCUGGACGACGUCAUCUUAUUAACCAAUCUUGCUAUUUUUCUCAGUGACUGUACCAUGAAGGUUGCAACGAAGGUCUUAUCAAUGACUAAUUGCACAACUAUGUAGUCUACUAUUGCUUGUAAUAAAGCAUCUUGUAAUUUUUUUUGCAUUCAACUGUCAGCUGUGUGAUUGUAUUCAUUCUUGUUUUUGAAAAUAUCUGUUUGUAAUUCAGUGUUGUAUUUAAGUAUCUAUACAGUGAGUUGACUACCUGAGAGUUCAAUGUUUUAGAGGUAGUUGCCUGCAUUCAACUGUCUACUGAUAUUUUAACAACCUUGUAACAUUUUCCGCGUAGACUUUUAACGACACUGCCUCACAUAUUUAAACUUACCGACUUACAAAUGUUAAAAGCUAAGCUCAGUUGCAUUUUUCUAUUUACAAAUUGAGUUCUAGUUUUUCAUGUUUCUGUUGGGACUAAAUAGAAACUCCAAUAUGCUCUCUAAAGGUUUUAGUUACUGUGGUGACUUGGAAAAGUGUUGAUAUUGUAGCAAAAUCCAUUUUCUUGACCACAGUACUGUCUGCUGCCUCUCUGGCAAUGCUGUUAAAGGUGAUAGUCGCCAAUUGGUGUGGCGAACAGACUGGUUGCUCCCAGGCGUGAUGUCGCCGCGUGUUUCGAGGACGGUAGUGCAGUGGCUCAUGAGGUACCCCAGGGUGCUACCGGUGCCCUGGUAAUGCCCUGGUAAUGCCCUGGUAAGAUCGUCGGUUAUUGCAGACGGCACAUGAUUGGCGUGACUGUCGUGGCCUGUCGCAAUGCGGAGCCGGGGUUCGUCGUGCGUGGACGCUGUUUGUUGCCCGUACUGAUGAGCGGUGCUAAAUUUUUGCAGUUUUAAUUGAAGCAGUCUCUUGAUAGGAAAGACGAUUGUCUGUGGCGCAAGUGUUCUGAUAGAAAUGCUUGAGGCUCUUGUUGUGAUGAGAAAGAUGAACGUGUCGAGCUCGGGGGCUGGUUUGUGGCAGAAAGCUCCCACCCCCAGUGAUUGCCGCCAGUAGGGGUGGCACUUGGCGCAGAAACACACAUCGAACUAUUGCUUGGUCCAGGUCACGUUAGUGCAAGAGAAUUACAGUUUGAAUGCAUUUGUAAAAUUAUUAAAUUAAUUGUUGGUAAGUCUGUUACAGUGUUUUAAACCGGGGAAAUUGAUAAAACAUGAAAACCAUGUGGGCGGUGGUGGAUAAGCUGGUUGCCUACACUCGCCACACACGCCCUUCCGAGGCAGCGACAGAGCAGUCGGCUGUUGUCGAAACUUCACAUACUGAACAUUCCGAAGAAACUGGAGUGUUGUUUCAGACAAGUAGUCUUGAAGACAUCACACUCCAUAUGUAUGAUUAGAUAUGGGAGGCUGGCUAGGAAAAGUUGCAUUUAAUACUUCAGCUUUCUGUUAUUUAUUUAAAUCUUUAAGUCAAAUAGCUAGAUAAGCAAUAAAUAGCGAAUUGCAAUAAAACCAAAAUAACAUCGAAAAGCAUGUCACUAAACCAUAAAACUCCGAAAUGGAAGUUAAUACACCUUGAAGCACCAAAAUGCAACUACUAUCAUUAAAUUAAUCAACAUUUUUAAUGAAAACUUAACUGAAAUAAAAAAAAAAGUAAUAGUCAAUCAUUUGUACACUACGACUUUGGUAGAUUUUUCAUACAAGUACCUACUUGAAAAUUUUUUUUUCCACUUGCAUCAUGUAUCAGUCAAAACGACACUGUUUCGGUGAAAUAAGUUAACAUAACACAUGUACAAUAUAUGUUAUAUGUGUUCAGUAAUUGCUAUCUUUAUGACUAAACAGAAUUCAUAAAAAAAAUUAAAAUAAUAACACAGAAGUCUCCUGUUUUAAAAAUUAAAUUUGUUAAAAAUAAACCAGUACAAUCUUGUCUCUACAAAUCGGGCACCCCCCCUCUCUGCUCUGUGUGCAGUCGUGACUCGUGACUGUAACUCUGUGCGGGCAGAAGUCUGCAGGACAAUCUGUUAGGUGACAUACCUUCAUCUUAUAUACGUGGUUCUUGUCUGUGACGAAGGGGGUUUCAACUUAAAUAUGCUACGUGACACUUGAGCUUUGGAAGAUACUUAUUCUUUUCAUAGGGAAAAGUUUCUUCUGAAAAAUUAUAUUUAUAAACUUUGCAACUUUGUUUACAAGUAUUCAGUUUAUGCUAAAUUAUUGCAGCGUUAACUACGGUGGUUUGAGCCAAAGUUUGAGAUAUUGUCCAAGUGGGGAAAAAUAAAUAAAUCAAAGCUUAUAAUAAAAAAAAAGACACAUAUAGCAUUUGAGAUGGCGUUAUUCUGUAAUUAGCUGGAAGAAAUUUUGAGUAAACAUUUUCCUUUCUUGCAUAGGACUGUUUAUGAUUUGGUUUUCUUUUUAGUAGGUUACUGGCGCACCAUUUUCAGAAGCGUUGUGUGUUCACUGUCGAUCUGAGAGUGGAAUGCAAAUGCAAGUGUGCGUGAUGCGUGUUCCCGACGAGUGAUGCGUGCACGACCUGGCCUCGCCUCGCAAGCCUGGCGGCUCUGCCGUUGAGGCACAUGAACUUAGAGCGUUGAGACAAUCACAUAAACCCCGACUUUCUACUGCCCUUAGAGGCGAACCUCAAAACCAACAUUUCUGCACUGAUCGAGAGUGUUUUUAACAGCCACAAAAUGUAUAUUUUUUUCAGUUGGUGACAAAACUGCUGCUUAGUGGUAAUCAAGCAUUGUACGUAGUUGCCAACAUACAAUUUUGUGAUUUUUUUAAAAUGUUUGUUGCGAUGUGGUUUGGUGACUUGUGGAAUUGUCAUUGAGCACCUUUGCAAAGCUUUUGUACGUCACAGCAAACCUUCCCACAAACACUGAGAGUCAGUGUAAAAUAUCUUGCAGGGUGCAUUUCCUAGAAAGAUGUGGUCGCUGGUGGUCAUAAGCAUCUUUGCAUUUAGGACGUACUUUGUGCCAGUAAGCUGAAAAAUAAUACAGCUAGGCUCCAGCCUCCAGUAUUUUUCAGCGAAAACCUGGCAUAGUGGUGUUGUUGUCACUCCAGCCCAGUGGAUGGCAGAAGACGAGUUCAGUACCAACUUUUUAUGUGUAGUUUCUAGCACUAGGCCAGUGGAAACAACUAUCUUUUCUCUUAGGAAAAUAUUUUAUUCAUUGUUAUACAACUAUAUGCUGAAAAUAAACCUCUUGGGCUUUUUAAUUUCCUAGUUUGGUACCAGAUAAUUAUUGUUUUAAAUAUUUUUUUAUAAAAGGUUAUCGUAGUGCCAUCUCACCGCUAGGCGCUAGUAUGGAGGUGCAGACAUGUCUCGAGAUGUUCUCUGGCGCUGGCUCUGCGACGCUCGCACCGCCAGUCGCUGCAGUAACUGAGCUUAGGUUUCCACAUGCAACGUGUCAAUUGUUCUAUUGCUCAAAGCGCUGCCUGCCUGUGCGUGUGGAACUACUUGUGCAGUCGUGGUCCCCCGCCCUUCUCUCGACAAUGCGCAGUGCUGUGAUAACUGAUUGCCUACCACACAGAGUCUUUUCUAUCCUUGUUGAUGGAGCCUCUACGCGGACUCUUCACGAAUUUCUUUACUUUUUCUACUCGUACUUGUGCACAGUAUAUAUUGGUAAUUACCCAUGUGUGUGUAUGUGUGUGUGUUUCAAUGUUUUUAUAAUAACCACAGUGUUUUCAAAAUGCCUGAAACAUUUCAUCUAUCUUUAAUGCACAAAUGGUUCACUUCAAAAAAUUUUUUCAUAUUUUCAGACAACACAUUUUAAAAUGUGUAAUUGAACACAUUGUGACAGAGAAAUGAUUAAAUGAAUUUUUUUAUCUUGUCAGAAAUAUUUUGUAUCAGUUCCUUAUCAAGUAAAAGUUUUCCUACCUUCAUUAAAAUUAAUGCUAAAUUUACUUUUCAAAUUAUUAAAAGUUUUCUUAUUAUUUAUAAAUUUAAAAUAUUUUCAUGGACCUACAUCAUUGCUAGUUUUGACUAGGUAUAUAUCAUAGAGAAACCGCAAAGAUGAACAAGAAGGUGAAAACACAAACGCACAAGCCAAAAUCAGCCGAUUUCUCAAAUAUUAAACACACAUGCAGUACAGAGAGAAUUCCAUGGAAGGAAUUUUUGGGGAAAAAAAAAAUCACAGCACAAACAAACAUUGGGCUGACAACGAGACAGUUGUAACAAGAAAAGAAAAUAUAGAGAACAACGUAGAACAAGACAGCGACAACAGACGAACCCAGCGAUGAAACUUAAACAAAUAUUCUGGACAAGACGACGAUGGUACAGGUGAAUGACGGGAACAGAAACAUCGCAACUGUUUGUCUCAGGAAGUCUGCUGUGUUCGCCUGUGUUCAAGGUUGUGUUUGUCUGUAUUUUCUGUUCUUGUUACAACUGUCUCAUUGUCAGUCCACUGUUUGUCUGUGCUGUGUUAUUUUUACCCAACUAAUUCCUUCUGUGUAAUUCUCUCUGUGCUGUCCGUGUGUUUUACGUUUGGCUUUGGCUGCUUUUGGCUUGUUUUCUGUGAGUUUGUGUUUUUCAUAAUUUUCGUUCAUUCUUGUGGUUUCUCUGUGGUUUAGGUCCAUGGAAAUAUUUUAAAUCAGUGUUCCCCAUCGCAAGAAACAUUCGAAGAACAUUAUUGCUAUAGUUUACCCAAGAGACUGACUACCUACCUUAAUUUAUGUGACUGUUUGACACCAUGAUGUUAGAUUAUAUGUACUUGAAAUACACCACAGAACAUCACAUGCUGAUGUGGCCCACGGUGAAAAGUGUUACCUACAUUGUAUUAUAUUCAUGCUUGUCUGUGUUAGCUGUAUCAUUAACUGAGUGUUUGAAUUUUGUUAGAACUGUGCUUUGCUGUUCAGAGAUGCUGUGGGAAAUAAAAGCACAAUAUUGAUGCAUUAGAUGCAAAUUAUGAAUUUAAUGAAGUUGUGUUAGUUAUGGUUUUGUAAAUCUUCACAUUGCAAAAUGGACCAACUGGUUUUACUUUGCCUUCUAAGAGGUUCUGUUUUCUCGUAUUGAUUUGUAAUACGUGCUUCCAUUCUUUCUUCAGAGUGUACUGUUGUGAGGCCGCGUCGCUUUGGUGUUUAUUUGUCGCUGUCAUGUCGUGAAGACUGCGCAGUGUCGUUGUACAGGUGACUUUAUCCACCCUCCAGCCACAGAGCUAAGUCGUCGUGAGUGUAAACUGAAAUAUACCGCAAACAACAAUAACAGCAGUGACUGUUAUUUUGGGAGAAAUAUAUUGAUUUACGCUUGCAGCUUAAUGUUUGUACACAGAAAGAAUAUUUUGCAUGAUAAACGUACUUGACAUGCCAGUACAUUAUAAUGUGUGUAUAACUAUACAUAUGAAGAUGAACAUGUCUGAAGAAAAAAAAAUUUAUGUCAAUAUGUAUAUUACAAAUUAAAAAUGUUUUCUGUUGAAAAUCUGUUUUAUCUGAAAAUGUAAAGAGCAUUGUUAAAAUAUAAAUAAUUUCAUUCAAAGCUAACAAAUUUUUUUUAUACCACAAGCAAACUGCAAGUUUCCUGGUCCCGAUAGUCGUAGGCACCUUCGAAGCAGUACAGUCCAUUCAAGGACCAAUUUUCUUUUAUUUAUCGUGCAAGGUGACUGCAAGUUUCAUACGUCUUGUAAGUACGAGCACGUUGAUAAAGAAAAAAGUUAUUCUAAUUUAGCAGAACAAGCGUGAGGUAUCAACUGCAUUUGUUCAGAGUGAGUGAUGAAGCAGAAGCCACACAUUAAAAUAAUUACUGUAUAAUAAAAAUAUAAUUAAAUUAAUUGAAACAUGUUA